CCAUGCACAUGUGCUUCCACUGAAGGGAUCUCUCCAGGUGUACUCUGUUGUCCACGCGCGCCCCCUAAAACUGUCUUUUCGUGUGCGUCGGCUAUAUAGGAGCAGCAGAAAAAAAGGGGGUUGAGUGGGUGUUGGGUCAAGGUGUACCAACCACCACCUCUCUCGAGGAUUUGUCGCCAAGUGAGAACACUAACGAAGGUGAAAAUUAAUUGGUCAUUUGUUAGUGAAUUCUAUCCUGUGCAAAUGGAUAAUUAAUUGUUGUGUGCGCUCGUGUAUCCGCAAGACCAAAUAUAGUGGUGGUAAAAAAGCCAGAGAAGAGGAUUUACGAUUUUAAUUAAUCACCCGUGUUGGUGGAAUUACGUGAAUGUGUCCAGGACUCUCAGAGGAGUGAUUCAAAUUGAUAAAUAAUUUCCCCCACUGACCUAGAAGUGUGCGGUGCCUCUUUGUGCAGAAAAUUCCAGGAACUUCAGACAACUCGGGAGUCAUUUACACCCAGCGCUUCUAAGCACGCAAUCAACGAUCCACCGAAGGGCUCACGCACCGACUACGGGGUGAAUAAUAAAAGAGCGUCCGCACAUAGAAGGACAUAGAACCCACCGUGGUAUAUACGAGGAUAUAUUCUCCCAGAGGGGCUAUGGCUAGCCUCUUUAGGGGGAUGGUGACAUUUUAAGCAGAGGGGGAGUCCCUCCCAGAAAAAGAGCCCACCCUAAGCGCAGCACCGAAGAAUGAGGGCGGAAUUUCUUGCAGUUGACUCAUGAGAAAGAUUCCUGUGAAAAAUCAACCAUGACAGACUGCAGUGGCUACGACUACGGGCCGUCCAGCUGGCACCGAAGACGUUUAACACCACUCACGUACACGCUGGUCCUUUUGCUGCUGUGCCACGCAGGGAAGACACAUCAGGCAACUCUUCACAACGACACAGCCAUUCAGUGUCCCAGUUUUGCCGAAAACUCCGCGUGUCCUUGCUACAAAUUUGAUGAUGGACUCUUCCUGGAGUGCCCAGGGACAACGGCACACUCACUCCGGAGUACCCUGCAACUCAUUAGAGCGCCCAUUCAGUCGCUCUCCGUGUAUGAUUUCGACAGAUCAGUGACUUCAUUAUCAUCCGAACUGUUCGCCGGGGAAAUUCAUAUCCGUCAUCUGCAGUUCUCGCAUUCUCACCUGCAAUUUCUCGCUGACAAUAGUCUCCGUAAUCUGCACUCAUCGCUUGAAUCUCUCAGCAUUGUCAAUGGGAAAUUGAGUCAGGUUCCGCACAAAGCACUAUCCGGGCUCGAACGACUUAUGGUGCUUGAUUUGGAGUCAAAUGAAAUCAGUGAGACCGUCAAUGGUGGCUUCGAUGGGCUCCAUCUUGUGAAGCUUAACAUGAAAAGUAACUCCUUGGAGGCAAUCCCCGUGGACGCAUUUAAGGGGCUUGAGAUGUCCCUGGCUGAGGUGGAUUUGUCCGACAAUAAGCUUAAACUCUUCCCCAUGAAUGCCCUAACCCAUUUGGAUAAUCUCCGUUCACUGCGUCUGGCAUUGAAUGGGAUUAGCGCUUUCCGAUGGGACGGCAUAUCACGGCUUGUGUCACUACAAUUUCUCGACAUCAGCUCAAAUAGUUUGGAACAGAUUGACGAGGACUUUUGUGUGCCAUUCACCAAGCUCAAGACACUCUCACUCUACUCAAAUCUCAUUGAGACAGUCCAUAGGAAUGCCUUUAGGACACUCCAUGAGCUCACGAGCCUCGAUAUGAGUCACAACAACAUCAUUUUUCUCGAUGGGGGAAUUUUUGUGUGGAAUAAGAAACUCCAGACGGUGGAUUUGAGCCACAAUCACAUCCACUACAUCAAUGGUGUCUUCUGCAAUUUACCCCUCCUCCGGGAGGUUUUUCUCUCCGGCAACAACAUAUUGGAAUUACCAAGUGAUGCCUUCACGAACUCCACGCAGAUUAGCGUCAUAUACCUGGAGGCGAAUGCAAUAAGGCGUCUCGAUGGUACUGCACUGAGGACACUCACGAAUCUCGAGCAGCUCUAUCUCAAUUCCAAUUUUAUACCCCAUCUACCGCAUAAUUUGCUGGAGAAUACAGGACGUCUCACAUCCCUCAGUUUGGAUGCGAACGAAAUAAGUGAGCUGGAGCGUGGAACAUUUUCCAAGUUGAACAAUUUGCGCGAGUUGAGAUUGCAAAAUAAUCGAAUACGACUGAUAAGACGGAGUGUCUUCUACCCAUUGCCGAGCUUGUUGGAAUUGCAUUUGCAUAACAAUCAAAUUGGGGCCAUAGAAUCAGCCGCAUUGGCAAGUCUUAUGAGCCUGCAGUACAUCACGUUGCAGAAUAAUCAUCAGCUGAGUCAGUUGGAGUCUGUCUUCCCAGCCGAUCAAUCAGCCAUUUUGUCCAUUCAGCUGGAAUCCAAUGAGAUCACAAAUAUUGCCGAAGGAGCCUUGGCGGGGCAGACAAGUGUCCAAGCUCUGUGGCUGAGCAACAACCACAUCCAGAUGCUGAAUAGGACACUCCUGAAAGAUUUGCAUCACGUUGAGAGGCUCUACUUGAACAACAACUCCAUCAAUUUGAUCUCAUCGGAUGCUUUUCAGGCAAUGGCUGUACUGCGACAUCUCGAUCUGAGCUUCAAUCGUCUUGAGCACGUAACCAGGGAUAUGUUUGCUGAGCAUUUGAUUGAUUUGGAAGAACUCAAUUUGGCCAAUAAUAACAUUCAAGCCAUCGAAGGGAGGGCUUUUGGGAAAAUGCGAAAGCUAAAAUCUCUCGAUCUCUCCAAUAAUUUCAUCACCCUCCUCAAUAGAGAUAUCUUCGAUGGACUUCCCGUGGCAGUUCUUAGCUUGCAAAAUUCCUCAGUUUCCCGCAUAGAUGUAGGAACCUUUCGGGGUAUGACCAAUCUUAAUGAAUUAAAUCUCGAGGAGAAUGAUCUGACUCCCGUUGAUGUCAAACAACUGGACAUCCCGAGCUUAAGGACUCUUCGUGUUGGGAGUAAUAACUUCUCAGAAAUCAUUGCGGGAAUUUUCGAUAAGCUCCCAUCGCUUCAGAGUCUCAGUAUGACGAAUUGCAGCAUCCAAAUCCUCCCUGAGGCGAUCUUCCUGAAGAAUACAAAUCUCGUUCGAAUUGAUCUGAGUCGCAAUCGCAUGAAAGUUAUCCGACGGAAUGUCUUCAGUGGUCUCAAUGUAUUCAAGGAGCUGAGGCUCGAUGGAAAUCUCAUUGGUGACUUCCCGCACAUUGCAUUGCACAACAUCUCAACCCUGGAGACACUUAGCAUGGCCAGGAAUGCCCUAACAAGUGUGGACUUCUUCAAACUCAACGGGCUACCAAGCUUGAGAUAUCUGGACUUGAGUGAUAACUCCAUUUCCCUUGUUAGUGGAUUCAACACGUUCAAUUUAACUCAGCUGGACUUUGUCGAUCUCAGCGGUAACAUCCUUCUCUCACUGCCUGCCAACUUCUUCCAGAACUCCUACAGUUUACAUCGUGUUGACCUAGCUAGGAAUCGCUUCAGGCAGAUACCUAGUUCGGCAUUAUCGGAGAAUUCUCUCCCACGCUUGAGUUGGCUCAAUCACCGAAAUCCCCUAACUGAAUUCUACUACGGCAAUGAUGGUCAGAGGUUCCCGCACCUAAAGGAAAUCCACAUAACAAGGACGAAUAUAUCAACCCUCACAAGUCGAGACUUUGUUGUCUUCCCAGCCCUUCAGCACUGCUAUCUCGUACAGAAUCGUAUUGGACGCAUUUCCCCCGGGGCCUUUUCAACACUCUCGCAGCUCCUUACACUGGAUCUGAGUCUCAAUGAACUAACUCUACUGCCACGUGAGAGACUUCAGGGCCUUAAACUCCUUCGGAUGCUUAAUCUAUCGCAUAAUAGCUUGAAGGAAUUGGAGGAGUUUAGUGAAGAUCUCGCACAUCUACACACAUUGGAUUUAUCCUUUAAUCAACUAAGUCGCAUUGGGAAGAUUACAUUCCGUCAUAUGGUUAGACUUACGGAUCUCAGUCUACGCGGGAACAGACUGACCACCAUUUCGGCUGAAGCAUUUAGGAAUUCAAGGAAACUGGCUGUACUGGAUCUGAGGAUGAAUUACUUUGAGAAUCUUCCACUAAGGGCUCUUAGGGUGAUUGAGACGCACGUCAAGACGCUAAGGGCUGAAGAUAAUCCCAUAUCGUGCUCAUGCGACACCCAAGAGUUAUGGGAAUGGCUACGUGACCAUCAGAAGUGGACUGUGGACCAGCAUCACGUGCGCUGUGAUCAACCCAUUGAGCUACGGGGAAGGGUUCUAUUUGAGAUGCAACCACAAGAAUUCUGUGAUGCCCCACUAAUUCUCAAAGUGGCCAUUCAAGACAUUCAACCAUACUCGGUGAUUGUUUCAUGGCAGAGUCGGGAAUAUACUGGACUUUCGGGCUACCACGUUGUCUUUCAUCCGCUCGAUAUUCUGGGGAAUGAGAUCUUCACAAAAACCCUCAAUAGAUCAGCAAGUUCAACGAAGCUUGUAAAAUUAGCUCCUGGUACACGAUAUCGUAUUUGCGUUCUUGGCAUUGGGAAUUGGGUUGCCUUCCAGCAUCCACCAACAUUGGAGCUCGACUCCACGGAAUGGUCUUCGCCCAAUCAAAUAAAUUCUGGUCCAGGUGGGGACUACUUCCCGGGUGAAUUGGAGCGCCUUCUCACCGAUAAUGCCACAACAAAGUGCCAGGAAGUAACAACAUUGGAUGCAUCACCGAGCCUCAUGAUGGACGACAAUGGGGUUUCGGGGCAGAGUUUUAUCCAUUCAAUCCUAACACGUCGUCUUGGGCUAAUUGUGGGCUGUGUUUUGGGUAUUAUUGUGUUCAUUGUACUAAUUUCCGUACUAGGGUGGCUGAAGCUGAAGAAGCAGCGCAUUAUUGAGGCCAAUAAGCGUCUGCAGCCGAUGCAGCCGGAAUUUAUAACUUAUCGCCACUUUUCGAUCCCCAAUGAGGAGGCUAAUCGUGUUGAUAACUGCCAUCCCAAUUUCAUUGCCACAAAUACCAAUUUGCUGGGCAUGACAACUCUCAAUGCGUAACAAAGUGAAAGGAUCCAGUGCAAGGCGUGCUCGGAGAGAUACAAGGCCAUCAUGUAUGACGUUUUCCUCUUCAAGCAAUUAAACUAAUUGAAAACGAGCCUUUAAUUAGUGCGACAGUGCGGAGAAUGCGACAUUUCUUGCCAUCUUCCUCCCAUCCUCAAUUCCUUCCUCAAUUUUCCCCCCAUAACACAGUCAUUCCUCACGGUUCGCCUCCCCGGCGUUCAUUCUGCGGGUGUUAAAUUCAUGAAAUCUGUGGUAGAGAGACAUAGUAGAGGGGAUGAUGGUGAUGGUUUUUCCUUUUUUUUCUUCAGAAAUAGAAAAGAAGAAAACGCGCAUAAAUGAAGGAAAAAAGUGAGGAUGGAAGACAGAAAAAAAAGUUAGAGAGCAUUCCAACCAAAGCCUUAGGGCUUCCUCUUUAAACAAAAACAAAUACCACCCAUUUAUAAUUACCUACUCGCAUCAAGACUUUCUAGACCAACUUUUGAACUACCUCUCGGUGUUAGGUAAAGAGAUAGUGAUAUAGAAGCGAUGUAGGUAUCAUAGUUUAGCUUUCGAUUAGCUUUUGAAUAUCCGUCUUUGAAGUAAAUAAUUAAAGAAAAACAAAAAUAGUGAUCGAAUAAAAAUUCAAAUAAUUAAAAUUCAUUAAAAAAAUACGUAAAAUGGUAGAAAAAGAAAGCGAAUAAAAGCCUUAAAAUUCAUUCUUUUAAUCAAGGAUUUAAAUCAAUAGACAAAAAUAGGUGGAGUCUCUUUACGCAAUUUGAGCGAUCAUUACCUUUUUUCCACGAAUUAUUCAAAUGAAUCGAAUAGACAGAUUUAAUCAAAGUUUUUGAAAUUUUCUAAAUAAAAUUUCUUAAUAAAAAAAUCGAUAUACAGAGGAUUUUCUUAGGAAACUUUUUACAUUCAUUAGGACCAUUUUGUGCUUUAAAAAUAUUUCAAAAUCAAUCUCGAAGAAAUAGGUUAAAGUCUUCUUGGUAGACUAUUGUGAAUGGAAGAAAAUAUUAUAAAUAUUUAAUGAAUUUUCCAGAUUUUUCGAAUGGUUGAAAAACACUCAAAAACUUUGAAAGUGUUAAGAAAGAUUUUUAGAGGAAGGAGUUUAUUCGUAUUUAUAUGAGAAAAUACAUCGUUCGUGGAAUUAAUCAACUGGAUACUUCCGGCUGUACUGACUUUCAACACCUUUAGAAUCUAAUCAAGAUUUGUAGAAGUUUGAAGAAUACUAAAAAGAUAAUAAUAAGAAAGAACCAGAGACUUUCUUUAAGUUUUGCCAGGAUUGAAACUUCGAUGAAAAUUGACGUAAAACUGGAGUAAAAAAAAAACUGAUGUAAAAUUUUAUUUUUAGUCACUUUCAAAGCUUUCAAUUCAUAAAGUCUUCACAUUAAUGAUUUAUCAAUGCUUUUGACGAAGUUUUCUUAUGCUUUUUGCAUUGAAAAAGACAAAAAUCUCAAUGAUGACGUCAUUUUUCACAUUUUUUUUAGCAAUUUCUAUUUUCCUUUUCCAGUUGAUUUCAAUGGCAAAAGGUAAAACUGAUGAUUUCUUAUUUAUUUUUGAUUCUACAACAUUGCGUAAAUUCUUAUUGUUUCCACAAAUUAGCUUUUUGCUCAUAUAGAAACGAAGAAACUCCUUUUCUUUAGAAAAGAGAACGAAUUUUACGUAAAAAAAACUGGUAAAAAUGCUCGCGCUUGGGAUGGUCAGCUGGGUUAUUAUUAAAGGGCGAAGAAAAAAAGAAUCAUUUUAGUGGAAAAAAUACCGCAUAAGGAGAGAUGCUGAAUAAUGGUGAGACAUAAAAAAGGGCAAAUUAAGACUUACGGUCCCCGUGGUUGAGGAGGAAAAAAAUCACCAACCUCAUUAGGAUGUCUCUUUCACACUUUCGCCGCUCAAUGAGGGGUGUGGGAGGAGGGUGAAAAAGGCAUUCCUGAUGGGAAUCUUUCCUACUCAUUAACUACCAUCUUCCGGUGUGGCCUAAGAGUUGGGUGCAGGCAGACAUUCCCUUCGGGGCACUCCUUGCGCCCUCCCCACAGAGAAAUACUUGGAAUUCCUGCACCCAUCAAGUUGGUAUUCGUAUAAUUUACAGAUCGGUAUGUUCCACACACACACUGUCGUGAGUAAAAGAGUUUUUGCGAAAAUGAGGAAGAAUCCUUAAAGAUGGGAAACCAAUGAGAACUUUAUGUAUGACAAAUUGGCUGCUGGGAAAAGUUUUGUGUGCCAAGAAGUCACAUUGAGUGUAAUUGUAUAGGGGAUGGUUAUAAAAAUCCUUAUAACCGAAAAACCUCAUUCAUUUGGGAGUGCUUAACCGAAAGAGAAUUUUAUGCCUCGACUUCUUGUCUUCCAAUCUCACUUUUGCCUACCCCUAACCAUCACUGAUUCCCCCUCAGCAUAAACCAUCAAAUCACACGAGACAUUCAAUAAAUGAAGGGAAAAAAAAUCCAACACCAGAUUUCAUCCACAAAAUCCUCAUGCAUUUUUCCUUUCCGUUUUUGGCUUUUUUUCGUUCCUAAUACAUAGAGAAGCAUCUCCAUAUUAUCCAUCACAUCGCAUAGAGAGAAGGAGAAAAUUGCGCAAGAACAUAUAAAAUUAUUCGUCGAUUUUCCACGGUCACAUCGUGAAAAAACAUCAAAUAAGCAUCUGAGGGAUUUUUCCUCAUCCCCUCCCCAAGAAAAAAAAUUAAGUAUGCAUUAUUCAGAGGUAAACCAGCGUUAAAGUAUAAAAAUCGAUGUGUUUUUUUUGUGUAAUGUAAAUUUAAUGUAGCGACUCUCAUCACUGUGAGAUCAUCUACUCUCAGUGCAUUUUUAUAAAAAAAUACAUAUACUUAAAUUUUAUUUAAUAUUUAUACCAUGCACAUCCAAAAACAUGAUGAAGAAAUUAUAUAUAUACAUAAUACUGAGUUAGAUAUUUAAGUUAUAUUCAUUGUUAUAAGUAAAUAACAAUAAAGAGUAUUAAAUGAGAA